UCCAAAUUGCCCUUUAUGGAAGUAAACCGAAUUGAAUAUUGAAUUGACUAAACUGGUUGGCACAAUAAAUUCGACCAUCUUUUGGAAAUGGGUAAAACAGGAAAACGGAUAAUCUCCAUUUGUGGAAAAUGGCCCAUAUUGUGUGACUUUUAUUAUGGUUCAACUAUACAAGAAAUGGUCGUUUAGGGGGAUAAAUGAGGCCUGAUUUAAAUUUAUUUAUAAUUGAGGAGACUAUAAAAUAUAUUCCUUGUGAAAAGUUCAUUCAUUAAUUUACAAAUACUUUGCCCAAAGUACCGAAUCUGAGGGAGAUCCUUGGAAUGCUGCUAAAUUGUGAGUGCCCACUCUCUCAUGUUUUUCAGGACAAAAUCGUUUUGGAUUCCUCAAAAGGGAAAUAAAAAGGUAUGCGUAAUGCUCUAAAUAAUGUGACAAAAUUGAUUAGUGGGACAAAUUAAGGAUUUAAGGGUCUAAACAUUCAAACUUAGCAAAAAUAAAAGGGUGGUUAUAUUUUAGUGGGCAAUCCACUAUCCCUUUAACUUCUUAAACUUAACAAAUUAACCAAUUGUACUCAGGGGUUUCUUUCUAUGUAUAUUUUAUCAAAGUUGUUCGAUGAUACGCGGAUUGAUAUAGUAUGCUAAUAGUUAUUGAAAAGUUCUAACUUUUUCCACGAUAUUUACAAAUUUGAACAAGCAUGUUUUUCUCAUUGUUGUUCUCCUAUCUUUUUUAGUUGAGUAAAUCAAUGAUGUAUUCCUAUUGUCCAAUGUGGGGAAUUGAAUGUAUAAUUAUUUUUGUUUUUUACAGUGUUGUCAUUUUCUCGACCACAAUUGAUAAUUAAUAGAAAAUCGAUCAAUAUAGAUUACACUAUACUUACAAAAAAAAUUCAGUCAUAAUACUUGUAAAUUGUCAUUAAUCGUACUCUCUUAACGAUAAGGAAAAAAUAGUGUCUUGAUUCAUAUUGCUCCUUGUUAUCCCAAUAUUUUCGUUUAUGACAUUCCCGUAAAUUUAGACAUAUAACUCUAUACUCCUCAUCGUCUCCUCAAUGCAAACAUCAAACCCACUAAAUAAACACAAUGAAAUCAACUAUUCAAAAUCAAAAUCCAUAAAAAAAAAACAUCUAUCUGAUUUCCUUCCGUCCGAAUUCCGUGAUAAUAAUUAUAAUUUCCAAGAUAACAUUAAUGACCAGAACUAGCUUAAUUUGUAUACUUAAAACAAGUAGAGUGACCAAAGUAAAAUAUAACAAAAAGUUUAGGUACCUAUUACGAACAAAUAAAAGAUUUUUUUUUAUGACGUAAUUUUCUUUUGGGAAAAAGAUAAUUAAUAAGUGUCAGGAAUCAGGAUCGUUUUACAGAACUCCACACGCAGCUCGAAAUCUGCUGACGACGGCCUUUUUCCAUUGCUCAUUUUGAAUGGAACAACUAACCACCACAGAUGACUCAUCCUCCUCUUCCCGUCGUGGCCGCCUCCUCCCUCUGCCGCCAUCGUCGAAGCCGCCGGAACCUUAACGCGGCUCCCGAUUCCUUCAGAUUUUUGCCUAAUUACUUUCAAAUUUCCGUUCACAUCGAUCCUCCCGAAAGCCUCUCUCCUCCGCCUCCGUCGCCGCUGCCGCGGCUUCACUUCUCGCCGUCGUCCGAUUCCGGGAGGGCUGUGGAGUGAAACCGCGGGGUUUCUAAUCUCAUCGGCCGAGUUUUGUUUUUCUUUUUUUCCUUACCGAGAGCUAUGAAUGAACGGAGCUCGAGUCAAAGAGGCAGCAGCAGUGAAGCUUUGUCGUCGUCAGAGGCGGCGGCGGGAGGAAUUCCGUCCGGUUUGAAUCGGAUUAAGACUCGGCGAGUCUCGUCCAGGGAGAAGCUCAGUUCCAAACACGACGAUGCGUUCGAGUACAAGUCUCGUGAACCUCCGCGACCGCCGCCUCCGUUCCGCGGGAAACUCAAGCAGCAGAAGUCGCUGGCUCGCGUACAGGGAGCCGGCGGCAGCCCUUCUUCGAGAGCAGGUGAACAACACAAAGGAAAGAAAAUCGCCCGAUGGUUCUCAUCAUAUUUUUCAAGGGAUGCUGGUCAUCUUAUUGGCUCGCCUAUGGAGAGUGGCACUGAAGCUGGAAUUCUUGAGAAAGAGGAACCAAUGACAACCAGAUUCUCAAAUGCAGGAAAUCAUCAAAGUCAGGAACAAUAUUCUACUGAGAGUCAAAUUCAAACUCGUAGUAAGGGGACAAAAGUCUUAAAAAGCUUUUCACAUGAACUAGGAUUACAGAAUGGUAUUACAGCACCCCCUCCUCGGGCUCAGAGUUUUACCGAUUUGAAGGAGCUACUGGGAUCUUUCCACUCAAGAUUUGAUGCAGCCGAAGAAUUGGCUAAAGUAGAACUAGCUACUUUUGCCGCAGAUGUCAUGGAUAUCCUUGAUAACAUUGACCCCUCAUUGGAAGAAGAGUUUAACAUGGCACAAGAUCUUCUUAGUCUUGCUCAACUGUGCAUGGAAAUGACUAGUUCUCAGUUCCGUGCCAAGUGUGAAGAAGUUGUUCAGGAUCUAACUGAUAAGAGAAAGAAUUGUCAAACAGGACUUCUCAAGUGGCUAUUUACACGCAUACUCUUUAUCAUGACCCGGUGCACUAGAGUACUGCAGUUUCAGAAAGACAGCGAACCAAUUGAUGAAAUUACAUUCAAUAAGUUGAAGAAGUGUCUAGAAAGCAUUCCAUCUGUGGAAUUGAGCUGGCCAGCUAAUUAUGGGAUUGCUGAUUCUGGUUCAGUUGCCGCUCCUCUGAGUAAGAAGGGUAAAAUAAAACCAAAACUGGAGGGACAAGAUAAUUUGUCUUCUCUACCUGAGGCAAUAUACUAUGGCUCUGAACAGAAUGAUGCAACUUUAAGAAAGGUUUCCUUGGAACUUGAACAAAGGUUGACUUCACAGGAACCAAAAGCUGAUCCUCUUUCAAAAGUGCAGCCGUCAAGUCAAGGUGGUAAUGAUUCCAGUUGUCUACUACUGGAGCAGGGACAUAAUUUUGACGUGUUGCUUCGUAGCCAAGAAGAGCAUGGUGUAGAUGGAGCCGAUACAGUAAUCUGCAGGAUAUGUGAAGAACUUGUUCCAAUUUAUCAUUUGGAAUGCCACUCUUACAUAUGUGCUUAUGCAGACAAGUGUGAUGUAAAUUGCCUAGAUUUGGAUGAACGCCUAUCAAAUCUAGCGGAGGUACUUGAGCAGAUUGUUGAUUCACGAAAUAUGAACUCUCACCUUUCAUAUGGUAGUCCUUCAAGCAACUCUGUCACAACUGAAGGUUGCUCUCCGAAGGUUAGUGAAUGGAGAAACAAAGGUGUGGAAGGAAUGUUUGAAGACAUACAUGAGAUGGAUACUGCCAGCAUUGAUGAGCCCAAUUUAUCAUUAUUUAACUUAAAGACCCAUUUGGGAAUAAAACUAGGCAACCAUGGAACACCAUCUUCAACUGGCAGUGUAGCAUCAGUUUCCUCCACAAAUUCCCCUAUGGCUGGUCACUUUGAUUCCUUCUGGUUAGAACAUAAUAAUCCAUCUGAGCUAGAGGAUGUUCAACAGAUGGCUGAUCUUGCAGACAUAGCUCGCUGUGUUGCUAGUACAGAUGUGACAAAGGAUCCUUCCUGUGAAUUUCUACUAGCCUGUUUGCAAGAUUUGCAGAAUGUUUUACAGCGUAGUAAACUCAAAGCUCUCGUAAUAGACACGUUCGGCGCCAGAAUAGAGAAGCUUCUAAGGGAAAAGUGUUUAGUUGCCUGUGACCUGUUGGAUACAAAAAUUCCCGGCGAUGCCAAACUUAGAGAAAAUUCUAGAUGUCUGUUGGAUAAUACGCCGCAAAGUAGUACAGGAUCAACUCCUCUACAUUCGUCACAUAGAGAUAGAACAAGCAUUGAUGAUUUUGAUAUUAUAAAACCAAUAAGCAGAGGUGCCUUUGGGAAAGUAUUUCUUGCACGCAAAAGAACAACAGGAGACUUGUUUGCAAUUAAGGUGCUCCAGAAAGUGGAUAUGUGGCGUAAAAAUGAUGUUGAGCGUAUAUUAGCCGAGCGUAACAUACUUAUAGCUGUUAGAAAUCCAUUUGUGGUGAGGUUUUUCUAUUCUUUCACCUGCAGAGAUAAUCUCUAUUUGGUUAUGGAAUAUCUCAAUGGAGGCGAUCUAUAUUCUCUUCUGAGAAAAGUUGGCUGUCUCGAGGAAGAUGUAGCCCGUGCAUACAUUGCGGAACUGGUUCUUGCUUUAGAGUAUCUCCACUCCCUUGGCAUUGUGCAUCGUGAUCUAAAGCCAGACAACAUAUUAAUUGCACAUGAUGGCCACAUCAAGCUUACAGACUUUGGGCUAUCAAAGAUUGGCCUUUUGAACAAUACCAUUCAGUUGACAGAACCCGGGACAUCUGGAGGCAUUUUGUCAGAUCCUCUCGAUUCCCGCGAGCAGCAAACAGAAGACAAAAGGCAACAUUCUGCUGUUGGAACACCCGACUAUCUGGCCCCUGAAAUCCUUCUUGGAACGGAGCAUGGUUAUGCUUCAGAUUGGUGGUCAGUAGGAAUAAUCCUCUUUGAGCUUAUUACUGGAAUUCCACCUUUCACUGCCGACCAACCUGAGAUGAUAUUUGACAACAUACUCAACAGAAAAAUUCCUUGGCCUUCUGUUCCUGGCGACAUGUCUCAUGAUGCCCAAGACUUUAUCAACAGGUUGCUUAUUCAUAACCCAGAUCAACGUUUAGGAGCAAACGGUCCAUCCGAGGUUAAAUCACAUCCAUUCUUCAGAGGAGUUGACUGGAACAACCUCGCGUUGCAAAAUGCAGCCUUUGUACCAGUCCCUGACAGUGCAGAUGAUACAAGUUACUUCCUUUCUCGGUUCUCUCAACUCUCCAGCGGAAUACUGAAUGAUAAUCCCAAUAGUAGCCUCUCUGAUGAAGACUCUUGCAACUCAUCCUCAAACUCCAAAGCUGAGAUGGAUGACUGUGGAGACAUGGCUGAAUUCGACUCUUUGCCAAUUGACCUCUCCUCGAUAAACUUUUCGUUCAAGAACCUGUCGCAGUUAGCUAGCAUUAACCGCGAUGUGCUGUUGCAGACCGGAAGGGAUUCGUCGAAGAACUCUCCGUCCAGAGCUCCAUCGUAGUCUUUUUUUCAAUCAUUCGUCAAUCAUACUCAGGCAGUUGCUAUGUCUAGCCACAGCCACUCAGAUAGGCUAGUAAGGAGUAGGAAGAAUACUACACCCCGGUAGCACCUUCGAUUCUGUAAAUAAGAAUAGAAAGGGUCCUUUUCUUUUGUAGGAUAGGGGCGUCGGUUUAAGGUUAGAGAAGAACGCUCAAACCAUUCUUUCUAGCGGUAGGAUUAUAGAAAUGAGGAACUUACUGAGCUAGUGAUUCUGCAUUUCUGCUCAUGAAGAUCGAGCGGAGCCCGGAUAAACUGAAGUCCCUUUACCUUGGGCAGGAAGCAACCAAGGUAAUUUAAUUUCCAUUUCUCCUACGCAGACUAAACACGGUCCGAUUCCCUCCAUGCUCUAACUGUUUGUUCUCUCUGUGACUACAAUCGAGUCAGGGACUGACAAAAGCAGCAUUGACGGGGACCUUCAUUCAUCUGCUGCGCUUUGGAUACGGGAAUUUGAUAUGUUUUACAAUCCCUUUCCUUCAGAGCUAGGGCUGCUUUUCGCUGCAAUGCUCCGCUAAGACGAUGUUUCGCCAAGUUACUUGGGUUACACUAUUAUACUGGAUUUGAUUUUUUUUCCGCCCUACAAUUUUCUUCCAAAAGCCAGGCUAUAAAAGAAAUUCCAAUCAAACGGUUGAAAGGUGAUGGUGAUAAUGGCUUUUUACGAUGUAUCGAGGCAAAUAACAUGAUUACAAGAACGAAAUGACGGAAAAAAGAGAAUGAACAAAUAAAAUUCUC